UUAAACUAAGUUUCGAUAAAGACAUGGAAGAAUAGAAGUGGAAGUUCAUAUUGUUUCAACGUUUUUGUUAUAAACAUCGGAUUAAAGUUGUCAACUUAAUUGUUAUAAACAUUGGAUUAACGAUGGCAUUAAGUAUCAACUCAAGGUCGUAUUUGCCGUAGCAUGUAUGCUGAAUGCGUCUGUCAAGACCGUUAAUGCUGCUGGAGCUGCUCUUGGUUCGCCAUGUACCACGACCACGGACUGCGACGAUGCCGUGACUUCAAUAACUUGUGACACCACAAUUGCUUCCCCGAAAUGUGCCUUAGGACCUACAGCAGAUUGCACUGCUGACCAACAGAGUUGUGUCAACGGAGCUACAUGUGUCAGUAAUGAAUGCACUUGUGGCACUGACUACACCGACGGAACAAACGGGAUCUGCAAAGCAAAACUUGGAAUACCAUGCAUUGACACGGCUGGUUGUGAUGUUGGAACUGUCGUUUUUGUUAUCUGCGACACGUCUCUUUCUGCGCCCGUGUGUGCUAUUGCUGCUGGUGGUACGUGCUCGGGGGCCACUACCAAUUGUAUCAGCCCUGCCACCUGCACCGGAUCUUCAAACACCAUAUGCGAAUGUCCAUCUACAUACGAAACCCUGGCUGACGGCUCAUGCUACAUAUGUUCUGGAGCCAUGACAGCCGGAGUUUCUGUUGCGAUUGCCCUGAUGACAUUGCUUGUAGCGCUCAUGUAAUGUCGUACAUAAACAUCGGACGGGGAUUUUGCUAUCAGACUUUACUAGUAUACUGUGCUUGCCUUCCAAACAAUUAUGCUAUGAUUCUGCGAUAUUUUUUCUUUCCAAAGUUGUUGUUGUUUGAUCUCUCAGAAGUGUUAUCGGUUUGUAUGAGAACAUCUAGCAUGUUCGCUACAGUUUUUAUCUGCUGUUAUUCUAUUAAAAUUAAUAGAAUAGCGAACAUAAAUAAAAUUAUUAUGCGACAUACGCUGUAUGAGCACAAACGCGAUCCUUUGUGAUGAGAUAUUUAACAAUAAAACCUGUAAACAAUA